UUUUGCAGAGAAGAAAGACGAGGAGACCCACAACCACACAGCUCUGAGCCUCCACAACGUGCCCGAGCCCCCCUGGGCCAAAAUCUCCAUCUCUGACCUCCCAGGCUCCCCAAAUCCAGCUGUGAGGGCCCACCAUCCACCAGAGAACUUCUAGAAUCAAGUACCCAGCUGUGAGGACCCACCAUAUAUUAGAGAACUUCCAGAACCAAUUACCCAGCUGUGAGGACCCACCAUCCGCCAGAGAACUUCCAGAACCAAUUACCCAGCUGUGAGGACCCACCAUCCACCAGAGAGCUUCCAGAACCAAGAACCCAGCUGUGAGGAUCCACCAGAGAACUUCCAGAACCAAGUACCCAGCUGUGAGGACCCACCAUCCACCAGAGAGCUUCCAGAACCAAGUACCCAGCUCCUCAACCCAUCCCAGGCUCCCUAGGACAGCCAUGCCUUCCAGCCUGCCGAGUCCCUUCCCAGAACUUGACACCAACUUUUCCAAUGAAUGUCUUUCCCUGCGGCCAGAUGUAAACAUAAAUCUGAACCCAUGUAUGAGGAGGAAUCAUAACUUCUUCUCCUGUCCCACCAACCUUAACAAGAAUAAGACCACUUACGAGCAGCUGACUGACUUUCCACUUUGGUCACUGGAAAACCAGAACAUCGAGAUACUUCCUGCAAAUUCCCUGCGACUGAUCCCAUUUCAGGCUGAGCGUUCUGUUAGUAUGAUUGAGGAUAGCACAAAACAGCCAGGAGCCUCCAGACCACUGUCCUCUCGCUAUAAGACCGAACUCUGCCGUACCUUUCAUGAGAGCGGAUCCUGUAAAUAUGGGUCCAAAUGCCAGUUUGCACAUGGGACAAGUGAGCUUCGUGGCCUUAAUCGGCAUCCCAAAUACAAGACGGAGCUGUGCCGAACGUAUCAUACCAUUGGAUUCUGUCCUUAUGGAUCCCGUUGUCACUUCAUUCACAAUGCUGAUGAACAGAGGUUCUGUGAUGGAAAUAGAAGGCCAGGUCCUCCUGCUUUGAGACAGAGUUUGAGCUGUUCUGGAAUCCCUUCUUCCUCCUGUUCCUCAAAUUCCAUAUUCUCCUCUGUUUCUUCCCUGUCCUCCUUCUCUCCCUCCACCCCAACUCAGAACUUUACAUCUAGUCCUUUUUGCUCUUCUUCUCCCAUUACACUGAGCCUAUCCUCCAUUCUUCAAUCCAUAACCCCAACAUACCCCACUUUACAAAGCAUGGAAAAUGAUGGUAUAGUCCUUCAUCUUACCCCUAGCCCAACAGAGGACCCAGGGCUUGCGGAAACCUGGAGCUGCUUAUCCAAAGAAGAGCAUGACGACAGAAGGAAAAAGGAUGGUGAUUCCACCAGUGUCACCUCUCAAGAAGCCAAACGUCUUCCAAUUUUCAGUAAACUGUCAGAUUAAAUAAGGUUUAGAGAUCUCUUCCAUGUCCAGACAUGGCCAGGUGACUUCUUGUUGUCAUCCCAAUACAGCAGAAUGAAGGCUGAUAUGGACAUGUGGGAAGGUCACGUGUAGAUCUGGCUGGACUAUCUUAGUGAUAUGUCUAAACUGUAUGUUUGGCUCUGCAUAUUAGAUGGGCUCAGCAACUAACAUCCAACUAGUUUCUCUCUAGGCCGGGGUUAGGGGCCGUCCUGUAUUAAACGUACCAUCAGAGAAAAUACUAUCCAAUGUUGUUAUACAGGUCUUGAGUAUUUAACUACUUCAGAAAAGUUUAGUAUCACAAGAAUCCGAAGAGCUUCUCCUUGGGAUUUUUGGGAUCUAACUAGGAUGAUGUAAUUUACAGUCCUGCUAUUAUUGAAUCUCGGAUAGGCUGUCAAUUUUUUAUUUUAUUUUAACUGGGGCAGUUAUCCCACCAAUCUUGUACCUGUCUUAAUAGUGAUCCAAUAGAAAUGUGAAGGCUACUGUGUGAAUUCGGUCAGAAGUCUAUGCUUCAAAGCCGAAAUAAGGACUCUGCGACGUGGCUCCUUCGGUGAAUGGUGCCCUUUUUGUUGGAGGAAGCGGCUUUGCAGAGUCUUUAUAUCUGCUUUACUGGUGAACCAGUUGCUCUAACUAAAAACAUUAAUUGUUUAACAAAUGAUGGCAAUGAAUUUAACACGAUUUAGUUUACAUUAGCUGCCAAAUGCACAGAGGGUGCCAUCCAUGGGAAGAGUACUCUGUAAUAUAAAAUGCCAAAUACAUGUUGUAUAAACGGGCAAUAUGACGGGAGCAUGGCUGAAAUAGGGGGAAGUCCUACAACUCCAGCUCCCCCCACAACCCAUAAUAAAUGGCCAAACCUUUUAUAGCAUUAGCAUUUAGAGCCACCAAGGUACAAUGAUAGGGGCAAUCCAGACCCUUAGAGGACUUAAGCUUGCUGAAAUGCUUUGUGUGAAGAAUGUCCUAUUUUUAUUUAUUUUUUUAUUUACAAAAAGUGUCCUAUUAGGAAUAUGUCCUCUUAAUUUUUAUUUUACAAAGAGUUGCGAUUUCAAUUGAAAUUGUCACGUUUGGAAAUGAACCUUGUUACAUACCCCUGACUUUCAGACAGCCGGUAUUCUAUUAAAAAAAAACAAAAAAACCCUAACUAGUGAAAAUUCCUAACCCUGCACCGGAAGUGAGCCAUAUUGGCUGUAGAUCGGCUUACCCGUGAUGGGGCGCCUGCACCCCACCAAGAGGGGCUAGGUGAUUCACCAAGUGCACACGUUUUAGUGCAGUUACACGUAUGCAUGCGCCAGCAUCGGUUGUUUUGUGCGCUGUGAAGGGUAGGGUAUUUUGAUGGCGCUACCACAGUAGCAACUAAUGCUGGCGCAUGUGUACUUGCGCCGUAAAAAUACCCUACCCCACUAUUGGGCAUGCGCAUUCCUGAUGUCAUGGUGGCACGCUGUCGCUGUACAGCGCAUCGGGAGAAUCCCUUAUCCCCUCUGGUGCACAAAGGUAAACCCACCUAAAGUUGAUUUGGCUCACUUUACGGUCCCGUUACUUCCUGGUUUGUUUAGCUCAGUAGAGCUAAACUCAAGAGGCAGCCAUUGCUCAGAGAACCUGAACUGCAAGUACUUCUCAUUGAGCUGCAUUGGGCAGUCUGUGAUUGGACAGCCACAGAAAGUCUGGGCGGGGUUAGAAGGGGAGGGCUUGCAAAGGCUGCA